AUGAAAGGCGGAGCAGAUCAUGAAGACCUACACGAACAGGCAGAAUCCUGCCUCGCUCGGUUUCGACGGUUCGGAAACCUAGACGAUAUAGACAAGGCAAUCGAAUAUGGGGCUCGCGCCCUAGAUUUGACACCCAGUGGACAUCCAAGCAUGUCGUCGCGAAUUAGCUGGCUUGGAGUGUACUACGACGAACGGUAUCGGCGACUUGGGAACUUGGACGACAUAAACAAGUCAAUGGAAUGCGGUGUCCGUGCGCUUGAACUAGUUUCGGAGAACGAUCCAGAACUGUCAGUACUGCUGGGCAAUAUGGGGAUAUCCUAUGGGAUGUGCUAUACACGCAUAGGGCGAGUGGAAGACCUAGGGAAAUCGAUCGAGUACUCAUCCCGCGCACUUGCCCUCACCCCCGACGGCCAUCCUCACCUGCCGCGCCGAAAUUCUGCUCUAGGAGUGGCAUACACCCAUCGAUAUCGACGCAUGGGAGAUCCAGCCGACCUCGAGAAAUCCAUCGAGUACAAGUCUCGUGCGCUCGAUCUCACUCCCGACGGCCAUCCUGACCUGCCACGCCGGCAUGCUGCUCUAGGAGCGUCAUACACCCAUCUAUAUCGACGCAUGGGAGAUCCAGCCGACCUCGAGAAGUCUAUCGAGUACAAGUCUCGUGCACUCGCCCUCACUCCCGACGGCCAUCCUGACCUGCCACGCCGGCAUGCUGCUCUCGGGGGAUCAUACAGCGAUCGAUAUCGACGCAUGGGAGAGCUAGCCGACCUCGAGAAGUCGAUCGAAUGCGACUCUCGUGCACUCGCCCUCACUCCUGACGGUCAUCCUGACCUGCCACGCUGGUAUGCUGCUCUAGGAGUAUCAUACAGCGAUCGAUAUCGACGCAUGGGAGAUCCAGCCGACCUCGAAAAGUCGAUCGAGUACAAGUCUCGUGCACUCGCCCUCACUCCCGACGGCCAUCCUGACCUGCCACGCCGGCAUGCUGCUCUAGGAGGGUCUCACACCGAUCGAUAUCAACUCAUGGGAGAACUAGCAGACCUCGAGCAAUCCGUCCAAUGCUAUUCCCGUGCACUCGCCCUCACUCCUCACGAUCAUCCCGACCUGCCCACCCGGCAUUUUGACUGGGCUACAUCCUGUCAUCACCAGUAUCAGCUUAACGCUCAUCCAUCCCACCUAGCAGCCUCUCUCCACUCUUUCCGCAAAGCGUCUCACUUAUCCGCUGCUUCUCCCCGCGACGUGUUCCACAACGCCUUUCGCUGGGCAAAGCUCGCAUCCGACCAUACCUACCUCAACCCAAUCGAAGCUUUCCGCAUAGUCAUCAGCCUUCUUCCCCACUUCAUCUGGCUCGGCGCCACUACCGCUCAGCGAUACCAUGACCUCUCAUCGGCCGACAGUGUCGCCGUACGAGCUGCCUCUGCUGCUAUUCGUUCGUCUGAGCACAGUCUGGCACUCGAGUGGCUCGAGCAUGCACGCUGUAUCGUCUGGAGCCAGACCCUCAUGCUGCGGUCUCCUGUAGGCAGCCUUACACCAUCCGACCCACUUCUUGCCAGUCGCCUCCAGUCAGUUGCACAGCAACUCCAUCAUGCAAGCUCUGGCCUCCCGUCUCCCGACUCCACUGUAUUCCUUCCGGAACAUCGCCAUCGGUUAGCAAGGGAGUACAGCGACUUGCUGGCUCAAGCACGCAGCCUAUCCGGGCUUGAGCUCUUUCUUCAGCCGGCAAAGGCCGAUGACCUGAUCCGGGCUGCUCGGUACGGGCCUGUGGUCGUCGUCAACUGCCAUCAAUCUGACUGCGACGCCCUUGUGAUCUUGCCUGGCCAGGUUCAUAUCCGUCAUCUCGCUCUGCCUAACUUCACCGAGGUUAAGGCACAGCGUGCUCGCUCUGAGAUAGAACGGAUGCUGCGAAUCAAGGGACUGCGGGAGCGCGGGUUCCAUCUGAUGAACCCUCCGCCUGAUCCAGAUGUUGGAGCUGUGCUCGCCGGUCUCUGGAAAGACCUGGUCAGACCAGUGCUUGACCACCUGGGAUAUCUGGACGAUCCCACGAACGACCUCCCUCAUGUCACAUGGUGUCCCACUGGUGUGUUGUCAUUCCUGCCCUUACAUGCCGCCGGAGACUACGACCAGCCACGGUCGCGAGUGUUUGACUACGUCAUAUCCUCAUACACUCCCACUCUCACUGCUCUGCUGUCCUCUGCGCCCACCGUCGCCAACCGCCCCCCUCAGGUACUUGCCAUUGGUCAAGCAGCUACACCAGGUCGUAGCCCAUUGCAAGGCACCGUCAAGGAGCUCGAGUAUCUCCGGACUCAUGCACAAAGUAGACUGGCGUACGCAGAACUCACAGACAGUCAAGCCACGACCGUGGCCGUGCUCGAUGCAAUGGAGCAGUACGACUGGGUGCACCUUGCCUGCCACGCACACCAGAAUGUCGAUGAUCCGACAAAAAGUGGGUUCUUUCUGCAUGACGGCACUCUCGACCUGGCCGCCAUCACUCAGCGGUCGUUCAGAAACAAGGGUCCUGCCUUCCUGUCCGCAUGUCAAACCGCCACAGGUGACGCGAAGCUACCCGACGAAGCGAUCCACCUUGCGUCUGGGAUGCUGAUGGCAGGGUAUCCGAGCGUGAUUGCGUCGAUGUGGUCUGUGGUGGACGAGGACGCACCGUUUGUGGCUGAUAAGGUAUAUGGGCGGCUGAUGAAGGAUGGAAAGGUGGGAAACGGAGAGGCAGGAAAGGCGCUACACGAAGCAGUUGCGGGGCUGCGCGAGAAGGUUGGGGAGAAGGAGUUUGGGCGGUGGGUGCCGUAUAUACACAUAGGGUCAUAG